AGAAUCUGUUACAGCACACCCAGUGUGUGAAGGUGAGUUCAUGCAGCUCUGACGUAAAGGCUGACGUCCAGCCACUGUGGUGAUGAAGGGGGUGGGCUGCAGUCACAGACUCCUCUUUAUUGAGGAGGGGUUGCCAGCCAUCUAAGCUCCUCCCCUUUGAUUACCUCCGUUCUGUCUAGGUCUGUCUCGUUCCUGCUCUCUCUCUCUCUCCCUUUCUCUCUGUCUGCCAGGCUGAGUUGGUUUCAGACAGUGCAUCAUACACACACACACACACACACACACAUACACGUGCCACUCUAUGUCUCUAGUAGCUCUCCACUCAUCUCCUCUCUCCUCCUCCUCCUCCUCCUCCUCUCUCACCAUGGAGUCACAUCACUGAAGAGUGGAUUGUUCCUGUUUUCUCCUCUUCUCUCCUCUGCACUUCAUUCGGUGUGUUUGGGUGUCUGUUUCAAGGUGGGAAUGCUGGUGUCUGCGACAGCGCUGUUGGGGGCUACACUGGGCACCGUGUCUGGAGUGUUGACGCUGUGUGGUCUCUCCCUGCUUUGCAAGAGCUGUAAGAAGGGGAAACUUGAAAGAGGGGACGAGACUGACCCGGAGAAAGCCAAACCCAGUAUCCUGCAUACUCUGACACAGUUCAGCGUGCAGAAAUGCACAGAACCCAUUCAGCCUCAAGCAUCUUUGAAGUUUCCUAAAAUCUACCGCCCCAAACCUUCUGUCACUUCUCAAGAGGUAGUAAACUACAAAGAACAUGGAGCUGCCAACGACACGUCUGCCGCUGAGCUCGACACCUGUAACCAGGCAACCGAACGUGAGGAGGUCUUUUCCCUCCCGCGGCAAGCUUCCACAGAUGAAACGCCCUGCACAUCUGAGCAAACCGGUGCCAUGACGACAAGUAGCUCCAUCCUAUAUCCCAAAUUGCACUUCUCCAUCAGCCUGCACAAAGAACAUGGAGAACUACACAUUAGCAUUGUAGAAGCGGAGAAUAUAUCAGUGGAGGCCGGAUGUGAGGGAUAUAUAUCAGGGUGUGUGAGCGUCUCUGAAGAGCAGAAGCAUGCUCACACAGCCGUCCACAAGCUAGCAGGGCAUGUGCAGUGGGGAGAGCAGCUGGUGUUCGCUCUCCCUUUGCAGGGCACAGAAGACACAGACAGUCUGGAUGGAGAGGUGGCCCUCUCACUUCACUGCUGUGAUCGAUUCUCCCAUAACUCCACUCUGGGCACGAUGCGCUUUAAACUGGCUGAUAUAAGCAUGAUGUUGGAUGCUGAUUGCUGGGUUGACUUGCAGCCACCCAAACAGGAAGUGGCAUCAUCAGCUGGAGAGCUACUAUUGUCACUCAGUUAUCUGCCAGCGGCCAAUAGACUUGGGGUGGUGGUAAUGAAGGCUAGAGGACUUCAGUCCGACAAACUGAAAGACAACAUAGAUUUAUCGGUAAAGCUGACCUUGAAACAUCAAAAUGCCAAGCUGAAAAAGAAGCAGACUCGUCGAGUGAAACACAAGAUGAAUCCGGUAUGGAACGAGAUGAUGAUGCUGGAGCUGCCCAGUGAGCUGCUGGCUAAAUCCAGCGUGGAGUUGGAGGUACUGAACCUGGCCUGUCCCGGGACCCUGCUCCCUCUGGGCCACUGCAUGCUGGGGCUCCACACCUCCGGCACCGGCCUGCAGCACUGGAAACAGAUGCUAGAUAACCCGCGCAAGCAAAUUGCAAUGUGGCAUCCACUUUACACCUAAGAAUACAGGUUAAUAUUCUACAAAACCCCACGUACACGCAAUGAUCGGUUAAACACACGGUUGGAGUUUUAUGAUAGUACUCUAUUCCUGUGUAAAAAUAUGUAGUACUCCGAUAUAGUAAAUAUAUCCCUAGAUAUAAUGAGUAAAUCCAGUUGUUAUCGUUACGUAUUAUGAAGCUAUUUUCUCUGAAGGUAAAAGCCGUGGAAGACAGUCACAUACAGUACUAAUAUUGUUACACAGUAGUUUAGAGUAUUUUAAUGUAAGAAGUGCAGCAUUUACCUUCGGUGUUGUUCUUAAUGUGUCUUCAAAUUGCUCAAUGCUAUUUUACACUGGUCCGACUUGGAGCCAUCCUCAUCUCUUAACACAUGCCAGAUAUAAAUAUGACCGAACAGCCCACUCGGUCAGUAUCAUGAUGGAUGGGAGAGAGAGGCAAACGGCUGUAAAGCCUGCCAGGAUCAGAUCAGAAGAAAGGUUAAACUACUGUAUCUAACCAGCUUCGGCAGAUGUCCCUAUUAACAAUCACAACAAAUAUUAGGGUAAAACAAUCUUUGUUAGAUGAAGCCCUUAUAUGAGCAGGCUGAGUGCUUGGGAACAUUUACAGAGUUAGAAAAAACAUUCAAAUAUAAAUAAUGUUUAUGGUUACUAGCAAGCUGUUUUGGUUUUCCUGCUAUGAAGGCUUAUGGGUCCUUUUAGUCACACCAUCACAGCUGGAAAGAUGGAGCGCUGCUCACUGUAGAUUGUGGAUAUACUUUUACACCAGUAACAAACUAACAAGUAAAUAUACAGGGUCUUAAUAGGGCAGCUUUACUCUUCUCAAGAUGCAUGUAUACAGAAGAAAAAUGUAAAUCAACCAUUGUCUUUUAAUUAAAAAAUGUAAAUGUAUAUAAACAGCAGGAUAUAUAUGUUGUAUAUGUGUAUUAGCAGGAUGAAGGAUCUCAACAGGUACUGCUUAGUGCCGUGAAAGUUACUAUGAGCAGCUACUUUAUCAUCAGCUACACACUUGAGUGCAAAGGAGGACAAUACUCUGUCAUUAUUGUACUCAGUUUGGAGACAUUAAAACAGUUAAUUGCUAAUUUCAUGAUCUUUGUAUCUUGCAAUUCUGUUUUUUUUUUCAUAUUAAUUUCAAAAAUCUGAAUUAUGAACAAAAACUACAGACACAGAACUGUGAGAUAUAAAAACUAUUGCAAGACAUUAAUUUUUAAUUCGGAAAUUUUCUGAAUGAAAAGAGGUUUUUGUUAGAUAUCGUUGGUAAAAACUUACAAUUCUUGCCAUUAUAAGUUGACAUUUUUUCUACAUUCUAUAUAUAUAUAUAUAUAUUAAAAAAUCAGAUGUACGAGAAAAAAAUUGUAUUUGUUAAUUCGGUGGGAAAAAUACUCUCUCUCUCUUUAUUUCUCUCUGGCUCCAUGUAAGAGUUAUGGACUUUUUAACCUAAAAAUAUGUACUUCAACCUAAGUUAUAUGCUUCCUUCUCAAUUUUCAAUUCCAAGUCAAGUUGUAGCCAAACCAGCAAUGAUUUAUUCCAAAAAUGUAUUUGUGUUUCUCGAGGAGUACACAUUAGUUGACAUGCCAGAUGCCACUCAAAUCAAAUAUUGUUCAUCUAUCUGGGAAAGAAUGCAUAUUUUGUGCAAUAACCAAUAAUAGUCAUUCAGCCCAAUGUCAAAUUUAAUCAAUCAGCAAAUAUUUAGCUGAGUCACACAAUAUAUUUGCUGAAGUAUUUGUCGUGUGUAUUUAGUGUUCAUCUGUUAUGUGUGACCUGAUUACAAUAAAAUCUACAAAUAGAUCCUAAA